UAGGAAAUUGUCCUUAACUCAUGCCCAAUUCCUCAUUAUUUCUAACUUUUUUCCCAUGUCUAAAUUUGAAAGAUUUCAAUGAUACAUAUAUUUGAUAUUUUCAGAGGGUUUUACCAGUCACUGGAAGGGAAUGGCUUGUCCAUCUGCAUGUUUCCCAGGCCUUUAAUGCUCUUCAGUACAAAAUUAUCUUACAGGCACCUAACUUUUUAUUUUUUAUUCUCUGGGUUAGCUACUCUGUGCACUCUCCCUUAACCUCAGUUGAGAAGAUGAUGUGAGAGCAAUUUAAGGAAAAAUCACAGUAAACUUUAUUUAAAACAAAACAAAACAGAACAGAACAACAAUCAAACUGUUAAGGGUUGAAGAAAUUAACAACUUGGAGACAUUUCUCACUAUUUGAGCCUUUCUCAGGGGAAAAGAUGAAAUCACUUUUAACCUGUAACUUCACACUAGAGGAAUGGGGAGGUAAAAUAUUGUACCCUGGCACUCCAGAAAGGUAGGUUCUCUCGUUAAUUCUUCCCCUGGCUCUGUCAAUCAGUUGUUAAAAGAGUCUCAUUCAUGGCUCUGAGUAGAGUUUGAAUGGGCCUUCCCAGGGCCACUGACAUACAAAUUGAUUUGUGGAAAAAAAUAUCCCAUCUCACAUCUACAAUCAUUUUGUACUCCAUCAAAAUCUUAGACCACAGAGGCAGAUGUAAUUAAAUCAGUCCAGAAGUAAUUUGGGGAGACAGGCAACAGAAGGGAGUAGCAAAAGUCCUUUAGACCAUGAUCUCUGAAUAUUUGUGCAGAAAGGUGGGGGGCAGGUAUUGUUUGCUGAGAAAAAAAUCUACGGUUAUGGAUCACAGACCUUAGAUGACUGAUCGUAUUCUACUGAAGCAUGGAACAUUAGAAGUACAGUGGGAUCCCAUGCUUAUGUCUUGUAGCUUUCAACCUGUGUGCUUGGAGGCUCUCAGUAUUGCUAGAUAUGACGGGUUUUAAGAGGUAUCCUGUAGAGUAGAAAUGGUACUAAUUUUGGAAAUGAUCACUAAGAGAAUCUGAUGACUGAGACUUCUUUGUAAAGUACUACUAACCCAAAUCAAUAAGUUGAUUCUGCUACUAUUUCUUUUUUUUUAAAGAUUGAGCAGCUUAAGUUCUCCAAUAUAUAAUAUAAAUGGAAGUGAGCAUAUAAUUAUUCCCAUGCUACUGCUAUGUCAACUGAAACUGACCUGAAUUUUCAAGUCUUGAUCAAAGUUAUUGAUAUAAAAAUAACCUUGCAAGGAAACAUCUGAGAAUCAACAUUUACUGAAGAACCUCCAUGUAGUAAAUAAAUAAUAAGAAAAAAUACUCUAGUAGAGUGAAUGCAUUUGGAAAAUAUAGGAAUGGAGUCAGCAGACAGUAUCUCAGAGCAUUUCCCAGAUCUGAAAUUCUUUGCUAGAAUUGUUCUUUAACAGAAACUUUUGACCUACUAGGGAAAAGGACUACUGGUUUUUGACAGACAUAAACAAGAAUCACUGAACUGCAGUCCAAGGACAAGAAAAGGCAUGAAAGGGCGUGAAAACACUUUCCCAAUUUAAGGAUAUUGUGCUUAGGGUGGCGGUCUCCAAAAACCUUGUAUGGAUUUCACGUGCGCAAUGUAAAAAUCACCGGUGCGCAUCUCACAAGAGCUGGAUUUAAUAAGAGAGUGCUACAAAGGUUCCCGGUGAGAAUUCAUGGACAGAGAAGCUCCCCAGCGUGCCCGGACCCUCCAUUUCUCUCAGCUCCUGCAGCGACCUCCUGGGACAGCUGCGUGUGCGCCCGUCCCCCCGGACCCGUGUCUUCACGCAUGCGCAUGCGCACGCCCACUGUGGGCAGGCUGAAGGCCGUUGUCCAACAGCUGCUCCUGGCGUCGGUUAAGGCUGUGCCCUCAGGAAGACGAGCUCUCGCUGCAAUAGGGAGGGCGGAGCCCCAAAGGCCAGCCUGGCUUGGGCGCGGGCGGCCUCUCCUGGCAGCCUCUAGAAUCAAACACAGGAACUGUGAGUUACUUGAGCAUCGAAAGGAACGAAGGGGAAGAAGCAGGAGCAGCAAGAGAAACGGCGCUUUGAAAGCUUGCAGAGAUUGCCUGGAAACACUGGAGGAGGUCUGGGACCUGACUUCACUUCUGCAAAGACACCUGGGGAGGUUCCCUGACAAGGGCAACUUUCAUCAGAUCUCAUGUCAAGAUUCACCUGGUGAGGUUUGCAAAGCAGUGCCUGCUGGAGCCCACCCACCAUGCAGGGAAGAGGCGGCUCCCACCAUUUCCCCAGCUCCUCUGACCAAGCAGCCUCUACCCCAGGCUUCUGCCAUUUCUCCAGGUUCAGUUUCCACUUACUCAGAGUCAUACCUGAGUGCCUCUCCAACACCAGAGCCUUUCUUUCCCCUGGACAGCCUUUCCCCUUCCCCACCAAGCCCGCCUCAUGGGAGAGCCUGCCCUCCACCUGCAGCACCCUGCUCUGCCCCAACACCAUCAGGCUCCAUGCUGAGUCUCACUCAGGGUGACUCCACGACACGCAAACUGGAUACCAUCCCACACAGGUCAUCUCCGCACUCCCCCUGGAGACCAGCCAUCCCAGGGCUUGUCCAUUCAAGCAGCCCUGGAUCGGCCCUGGCCUGGUGGCAGGAAGCAGCCACAGCCUGGAGCUUCUCCACCUCAACACACUUAGAGUCCCAGAAAGAAAGCCUUCCCCUCUACCCACCAGAGGCCUCAUUCUGGGAAGAUCCCAGAAAAAGGCAGGUAGAGGCUGGUGGCCUCGCUUUUAUCAACCCUAAUGUCCAGGAGCUGCUGGAAAUACUAAUCAGCAAGAGAGUGGAAUCCAUGACCCAGUCUGCUGAUUUCCAGCUUGCAGAGAUUGCCUGGAAACACUGGAGGAGGUCUGGGACCUGA